UUCAGAAACGACCCGUCAACCUUUAACCCCCAAACUCCCGGACCUUCGGGAGAGUUCAGUAUUUUUCCUCCUCCAGAGAAACGAGGCUCCGCGUCCUUUGAUAUUUUUUGGAAGCUGGAUUAUAACUUUUUGUCUUGUUUCUGUUUUUUUAAAAGCCGUUUUGUCUGUUUUACUUGCUAGUUUGGAGAGAGUUUUUUCGUUUGUUUGCUUGGUGCGCGCUCGUAUAUUUAAAAAGGCGGUUCGUAUCAAAACACGAUUUAAAUAAAAUCGCACCUGUUUAUCUGUGUUUGGGAACAGCAUUCAUCACAACGAAGGUAAAGCAACGUUUUAAAAAGAGAGAUAUUUGAAAUAUAUACGUUUUGUGACGUCGUGCGUAUUAUUACGUCAUAUCUAUCCUGAUUUAAUAUUUUUAUUGUCGAAACGUCUCGAUUUCAUUUCAAAAGAUUCGAAUUUUGUCGAACUCGUCGAAUUAAAUUGUAUUUAAAUUAAUUCAAAAGGUGACUUCACAAAGAUCAGAUAAGAAAUCGUAUUUUAUUAAAAUAUAUAUAUAUAUAUAUAAUUCUUUAUAUAUAUAUAUAUCAAAUUCCCGCUGUGUUUUAAAAAAAAAAAGUUUGAAAAUAAACAGAACUUAUCGUAAAAACUUGCAGAAAAAAAAAAAAUAAUAAUAAUAAUAAUAAUAAUAAUAAUAAUAAUAAUAAUAAUAAUGAUGAUUCGUGAAGCGGUUCUUUUGUCUAAUUAAUCUAACUGUGUUUAUUUUAAUCGCUGUGUUUUCCACUCAAGGUAACCCCUCCGUGUUUUUCUCGAGGUUCUCGCGUGUAAUUCCACACGCAUCCGCAGUGAAGGAGGGGGGCGCUGUGAAACCCAGCGCCGCUGAAUCUGUCGUGUUAGCUGGAGCACAAACAAAACGAACAGCACGACUUAUCAAGUUAUUUCAAAUCGUUUCUCUGAGCUGUGAUUAUCUUACCCGCGUUUCAACGCCUCGUUGCGCACUUUCCGGAUAAAUCGGUUGAGAUUAUUUCACUCCGACUUUGUGACACGCACAGACACGCACGCACGCACGCACGCACGCGUCAAGGAGUUUUUCUUUAUUAAAAUAAAUAUAUAUAUAUUUUUUUUAUUAUUAUUUUUUUAUUUUAUUUGAUUCAUCUCGGGGACGCCUGGAAAUUAAUUGCGAGCUACAGAAGAAGCUAGAAGCGACCUCUCAUAACAGAGAUGUCAGUCUCAGCGCGGGCUCAGGGCUCCCCCCUGUGGUGGCCGGUGGUACUGCUCCUCUGCCACCUCCCCUCUCUCAGCGCGAUGUGCCCGUCAUUCUGCAUCUGUGAUCAAAUCAAGCUGGCAGUGAGCUGCGUGAAGAGAAACCUGACUGAGGUGCCAACCACCAUCCCAGAGAUCUCGAAGCAUCUCGAUGUCCGGGGGAACUCUAUCAAGGAGAUCGUCUCCGGCAACUUCCUGCCCCUCCCCUACCUCACCCACCUCAACAUGCAGGGCUGCGCUAUCGAGACUCUCCAGGAGGGGGCGUUCAGGGGGCUGGGGCGCCUGCUGUACCUCAACCUGGCGUACAACCGCAUCGCUAUCAUAUACCAGGAGUCAUUUGACGGGCUGGCUGCUCUCCAGCAGCUCCAGAUCUCCGGUAACCGUUUGGAGGAGAUCCAGCCCGGAUCCUUCUCCCAGCUCGGCUUCCUCAACUUCCUCAACCUGGGGGAGAACUUCCUGGUUUUCCUGCCCAGCCUGGUGUUUCAGGGGCUGCAGAACAUCCGCUGGAUGCGCCUCUCCCACAACGCCCUGAGCACCCUGUCGGAGGAGGCCUUCGCGGGGCUCUUCACCCUGCAGAGGCUCAGCCUGGACCACAACGAGCUGCAGUUCUUCCCCACGGAGACCCUGUCCAGGUUGACGUCACUCACACGGUUGGAUCUGGGUUCGAACCCCAUCACGUACCUGGGGGAGGAGGAGGUGCGCAUGCCCAGCCUGAGACAGCUGUUCCUGGACCGCCUGUCCCUGCAGGACGUGUCCCUCACCGCGCUGGACAAGGCGCCCAAACUCGUCCUCCUGGACCUCAGCUUCAACCAGCUGAGAGUGCUGCAGCCCCUGAGCGGCCCUGAGAAACUGAAGCAGGUGAACCUCACAGGAAACCCGAUCCAGUGUAACUGCUACAUGCGUCCGUUCCGGGAGUGGACGGGCCGGGCCCGGGUCCGGGCCGAGGUGUUCUGCGCGGGGCCCGUCCCGUUCCGAGGGGAGCGCCUGGACUCCCUGCGGCCCGUGGACCUGCGCUGUCAGAGCCAGGCGGAGAUGGAGAAAGCAGAACGAGAGGACAGGCUGCUGCUGCUCCCCGCCCUCGAACCCACAGCCGAGCCCCGGGGACGCAGGGGCAAGUGCCCAGAGCACUGCGACUGCAAGGCUGAUAUUCAUCACUCCAGCUGUGAGGGGAAAGGUCUUCAGAAAAUCCCAAAAGGAUUCCCGGCAGAUACGAAGCUCCUGGACAUGCGGAGCAAUCGCUUCCACUACAUUCCCGGGAAAGCGUUCUCCAACAUGGGAGAAGUAGUAUCCUUGCAUCUGCAAAAGUGCGGGAUCGUCGAAUUGGAGCCGAAAUCCUUCUCCGGGAUGAAAAAACUGGUGUAUCUCUACCUGUCCCAGAACGAACUGUCCCAAAUCAGUCCCGAGGCGUUCGAGGGAGCCCCCCGACUCUCUUACCUUCACCUGGAGCGCAACAAAUUCAAAACCUUCCCCCGGGGAGCUUUCGCACUCCUUCCCAGCCUCUUCUCCCUCCACCUGGAGCACAACUCCAUCUCCGAGCUGGCCCGGGACGAUCUGGAAGGAGCCGGGAUGAUCCGCAGCCUCUACUUGACCGGGAACAGUUUGGUUUCCCUGUCCGAGGGCUGCCUGGCUCCGCUCAGGGAGCUGGAAUCGCUCUCCUUGGAAGAUAACAGACUGGAAGAAGUCCCCACCCCCUCCCUAGGCCACGCCCCCCUGCUGCAGGAGCUCCGCCUCUCCGGGAACCCCAUUCGCUGGGUGGGGCCGGACGCUUUCCUCCCAUUGGCCGGCUCGCUCAGGCACCUGUAUCUGGCUGGGAUGGGAUUGGAGAAGCUCUCCAGCAAGGCUUUCUCCGGACUGGGAAAAGGCUUAAGGAGCCUCUAUCUGGAGAACAACCAGUUGGAGAACGUUCCCAGUUUGACCAGUUUCACCAGUCUGGAGGUGAUCAACCUGGCUGACAAUCCCUUCCACUGUGACUGCCCGCUCCUGCCCCUGCGCAAGUGGAUUGAGAAGGUGAACCUCAAAGUGCGAGCGACUUGCGGGGCACCCCCAGAAAUCCGGGGGCACAAGGUGAAAGACGUCACCGUGUUCAAGAGCUGCCCCGGAGAGAAACCGCCCCCCAGACCCCAAAAAACCAAGAAGGGCAAACCGGCGGGGGUGAAGACCACAGGGACCCCCAAAACAGACAAGACCCUGAAACCAGCUGCAAAAAAACCCUAAAGCUUAAAAUGUGUACCGUCACCGCCCCCUGGUGGCGGAGGGGGUGCAGCGCAGGCAGCCACACAUUCCUCCAUCUAUCUGUGUGAAGUGCUGAACGCGUUGCCGUGGCGAUGUGGAGGGGGGGGGGGGGGCGGAUGACAUCACCGACAGGCUGGUGCUUUUGAAGAGAAAAUCAUUUUCCGCGGACAGCGGUUUAUCGUGUCAGAGGAGCGACAUUUCAUCCCAAAUAAAACAUUUUUAAAAA